UGUAUUUGCAUUAUUCUAACUGCAUGACCUGAGUUCAGCUGAUACCAUACCAGGCAAGACUCUAAAUUUACAAAUCAGACAACCGGCUCUUCUACCAAUCGUUCAGAGGUUUCGCUCGCUUUUUUCGCACUCGCAAAUAUCAUAUAAUCCUUCGUGUACCCUUCCUGGCCAACCUCGUGAUUCCCAGUUCAAUGGACAAGAUGCCUGGAGAACAACGGAAAUCACCUCCCAAACUCACCAAGCCCGAUUAUGACCUCAAAUUACCAUCCAACCCGGUCACCAACUCGAGCAAUGAGCAGAUUCUGGCCAAUCAUCCCCAAGAGUCUGAGCCCAAUCCCGUGGUGUUCUUUGACAUCACGGUGGAUGGUGAGCCCGUGGGCCGGAUUGUCAUGGAGCUGUUCGCGAACGUGGUGCCCAAAACGGCGGAAAACUUUCGUGCUCUGUGCACGGGGGAAAAGGGCAUUGAACCAGAGAGCGGUCUUCCGUUUCACUACAGGGGAACUGUGUUUCACCGAGUGAUUAACCGGUUCAUGCUUCAGGGUGGCGAUUUCACGCAAGGCAACGGAACGGGCGGGAAAUCGAUUUAUGGCACCAAAUUCGAAGACGAGAAUUUCCUACUCAAGCAUGAAAAAGCCGGCCUUUUGUCCAUGGCCAAUGCUGGCCCGAACACGAAUGGCUCGCAAUUUUUCAUCACGACCGUGAAUUGCCCUCAUUUGAAUGACAAGCAUGUGGUGUUUGGGCGGGUCCUCAAAGGCAUGGGCAUAGUGAAUGAGAUUGAAGUCAUGGAGACCACUGAGGAUCGCCCCAAAGUGGAGGUGAAAAUUGCUGAUUGCGGUCAGUUCCCGGCCGAUGUGAAAGACUUUGGCCUGGAUGAAUUGGAUGGAAGUGAGGAUACGUUCCCGUUUCAUCCCGAAGACUUGGAUUUAGACUGGUACUUGAUGGAAAACUUUGACCGAAUCCUUGAGAUCAUUGGCAAAAUCAAAAGCGCCGGAAAUCACUUUUACAAAAAUGGCGACAAUGCCAAGGCUUUGCGGAAGUACAAGAAGGCCAUGAAGUAUAUUUCCGUGCUCCGAGAGUCCAUUGGUACGACCAACGAAGACCAAGAAACCCAAAUCCGCGGGAUUGAAGUACCUUGUUGUCUCAAUAUCGCCGCGGUCUCGAUAAAGGCGAAGAAAUUUGAGGUGGCCAAGACGGAAUGCGAAAAGGUUCUAGAAAUACAGCCGGACAAUGCUAAAGCCCUGUUCCGCCGAGGUCAAGCUCAAUUCGGUAUGAAGGACUACGAUUUAGCCAUCCAGGACCUCAUGCGGGCCAAAGAACUGGAGCCCAAUGAUAAGGGAGUCGCCAAUGAACUGGUCAAGGUUAAGAAAGUCAAGCAGCAAUACAUGGAAAAAGAAAAGACCUUGUAUGGGAAAAUGUUCAAGUAAAUAAACGCACUUUGACUAAUCACGCUGAUGAUAAAUAAUUCGACUAAAAAAAAUUUUGCAAUGUUGUUUUACUUGACUAUUAACCGAAUGGUAUCAAAAUAUCCACAUAACAAUGCUAUUAGUUUUUCGAUUUUUUUCGAUUUUUCCUUGCGGGCGGGGCAUGAAUUCCGAUCUUGAGGCAACCAAUGUUUCUAUCACAAUAAGCUACAAACUGAGGUGACGAUCCGUUUCAAUUAGCCAUAAUUAUAUAUUCAAGAAUGGGCUAUGAAAAAAGUGGGGUGAGGGGAAUCCGGAAGUGAUGAUCCAAAAACGAAAUAAACAAUGAAAAGACAUUCAACAAAAUUAUUGGACUAGUGAUGAUUUCAAACGAGUUAUCGAUGACUUCGCAGGCACCCAAAAGCAUUUUCUUGUUCAGGUGGAGUCCUCGUCCUUGUCCAAUUUAUCAUUC